CGCGACUGCCCGCGUGUGAAGCACGCGCCACGCCGAGCCACGCACUCCGCCGAGCGCGGCGCGCGCGCGAUCUGUCCGAGUGGUGUCAGUGAGCGUUGUGGUGCCGAGUGCAUACAGUGCUUCCUCAGCUUUGCCCUCCUCCCAGUGCUGCGACUCCCGCGUGUGGCUCGCCCCGCCAGGCGCCGGUGCACCAUCCCCAGCAGCCGCCACUUCAGACGUCUUCGCAGGAGGUUUCCCGUCGACUCCCGGUCAGAAACGUUACCACGCCAGCUCAGCCGCCAGAAGAGACACCAGCAGGAUGCUGGCCGGCUAGCGGCGAGCGGCUGCGGCUGGCUGAGGCUGCGCAGCGCCCAGGCAGACGCGGCCACCAUGCGGCCCCGCGCGCUCGCCUCGCUCAUCGCGGUGGUGUCGCUGGCCGCCUGCCUGACGGCGCCGUCCCAGACCAGCGCGAUGCACUCCUCCAGGCCAGGCGGCGGUGGCGGCGGCCGGCGGUCGCAGCGCUCCAGGGACCACCACGCGCUGAGCGGUAGCGGUAGCGGCGGCGGCGGCGGCCCGGAGGCGGACGUGGGGGCGGGGUGGCGGUCGGGCGGCCGGCUGACGACGCGCCAGCUGCAGACGCUGGUGAGCGAGGCGAGCGCCAACGGCGCCGGCGCCGUCGAGUGCUGCCCGUCGCGCGUCGACAUGGUGGCGCCCGUCGGCGGCACCAACAAGGACGGCGACUACGUGGAGCUGUUCAACAGCGACGAGCACCAGCAGAGCUUCUUCGAGGUGUCGUGCGACGACAGCGUCGUCGACCGGCCGUGCAUGUUCGUCGACCACCGGCUGCAGAACCAGUCCAAGUGCGUGCAGAAGUACUCGUACUCGUACGCGCUGGUGCGGGAGCCGCAGCAGAGCGGCUGGCGGCUGGACUACGUCCGCGUGCGCAGCGGCUGCAGCUGCGAGAUCACGCCCCGCGCGCCGCCGCACGCCGGCCCGCACCCCCACCCCCGAGGCAAGGCGCGCCGCCGCGACAAGAGCAAGCGCAGGCAGCGCACGCCCGACUGACGCGCGCCGCCUCCCGCCACGCCGUUCAACGUUGUGCCCGUCUCGGCCGUACCGAGGUGCUGCCGUUUCGUAUGCGCCAUGACCGAGACUGCGCAGUCUGUCGCGGGUUGCGAUCGCAGUUAUCCUCAGUGACUCACUUCAGUGUCCUCGUUUACGCUGUGUUCUACCGCUAUUUCAGUGACUGAGAUAUUUAUACACCCACUAAUUUCACCCCCCCCCCCCCCCCCCCCCCUCGUCACACAUGCGUCGUUUCCAGUACUCUGCAUAUUCUCCGGCCAACUGUACCGCAAUUCUCUGCAAGUGCUCACAACCUGAGAAAAAUACAGUCCACGCUCCAGAGGCAAAGUAGGCUCUUUAACGCACCUCCUGCGGAAAUUUUAGUUCAUUAAACCCUCACCGAUAAACGUAUAGAUGCACGAACAUUAACACAAUAAGAUACUUAGUACUGUUUCAAAAUUUUAAACAAACGACAUCACCACGUCUGCUUUACUUUGAUCAGCUACCGUCCCGUUCAAAAUUAACCAGAGACACAUUACUUCAACGAAAAUUCGCUUACGUCCACAGCAGCAGUAUAAUCUGACACAUUCCCUUAUCUGGCAUAAAAGAAGUAGUGUUGUCGGUGUUUCGUUGCAGACUAUAUUGUUCGUUUCUCGUGUCUCUCACAACAUAACGAUCAAGCUAACAGACUGAACAUUUGCAUGGUUUCAACAUCGGAAAAUAAUGAUCGCUUCUUUCCGAUGGUGAAAAAAUCUAACCUAACCUCAUUUGCAAUCCAUUAUACGUGAAUUCCAAAGUGCUUCUACGAAAAGAAGUAUUUAACUUAAUAUACGACAUAACCUCACGAUGCAUUCCGCGUUGUGCAUUAACCCCAACAGACGUUCGCUAUUAGUUUUGUGUAAAUAGUGUCACUCUUCCUGAAUAACACGCUUGCUGCAGAAGUAUUAGGCACGCACUUUGAAAGAUAUGCGGCAGUAUUUCCGAGUUCUUCUCUGUUACCACUACGUGUGUACCGGCCAGGAAAAAAGUGUUUGCCCGCAUAUUGUGUUGUCGAUUUCAACGGACGCAAAGCAGCUUCGCCCCAUCGAUGCCUUUGGUUCAAUGUUACCUCUGCAUAAUUGUGAUGAACUGUGUGCACACAUCCCCAGAUCCUCUACAGGUUGCAGAUUCGCGAUCUGUGUCCAGCACGUGUGGAAGUGUUCGUAAUGCAGACAGGUUGUGACUUCAAGAAGGAAAGAUCUGUUACAGACGCGUGCUAAGCUCGCUACGGCCCAGACUCCAGAACAGUCGGCAGCGUCCUCCAGUAGUGUCUAAUGUCAAUGUAUCAUACUAUACUGCAUACACAGUCAAAGAGCGAUGCUGGCUAUACCAAAUGUGUACACAAGUGUCCUCAUAUUACUAUGUAAAUAAAA